CCCAGGAGAACAAUGAUGGGGUGGAGGGAGCUUUUAGAAAGACCAUAUUAGGAACAAAAGGUGGAGCUAUAAGCACAGAUAAAGACUCAAGUCUGGGAACUCCUGGUCACGCAGGCAACAGCCCCUUCUUUCUUGCUGUAGUCUUCAGUUUUCCAGUGUUCACAGGUGAGCCUACCAACAGCCACUGCUCAUGAUGGAGGCCAUCAAGAAAAAGAUGCAGAUGCUGAAGUUAGACAAGGAGAAUGCUCUGGAUCGGGCAGAGCAAGCUGAAGCUGAGCAGAAGCAGGCAGAAGAAAGAAGUAAACAGCUGGAGGAUGAGCUGGCAGCCAUGCAGAAGAAGUUGAAAGGGACAGAGGAUGAGCUGGACAAGUAUUCUGAAGCUCUGAAGGAUGCCCAGGAGAAGCUGGAGCUGGCAGAGAAGAAGGCUGCUGAUGCUGAGGCUGAGGUGGCCUCCUUGAACCGUAGGAUCCAGCUGGUUGAAGAGGAGCUGGACCGUGCUCAGGAGCGCCUGGCCACUGCCCUGCAAAAGCUGGAAGAAGCUGAAAAAGCUGCUGAUGAGAGUGAGAGAGGUAUGAAGGUUAUUGAAAACCGGGCCUUAAAAGAUGAAGAGAAGAUGGAACUCCAGGAAAUCCAACUCAAAGAAGCUAAGCACAUUGCAGAAGAGGCAGAUAGGAAGUAUGAAGAGGUGGCUCGUAAGUUGGUGAUCAUUGAAGGAGACUUGGAACGCACAGAGGAACGAGCUGAGCUGGCAGAGUCUAAGUGUUCUGAGCUGGAGGAGGAGCUGAAGAAUGUCACCAACAACCUCAAGUCUCUUGAGGCUCAGGCGGAGAAGUACUCUCAAAAAGAAGACAAAUAUGAGGAAGAGAUCAAGAUUCUUACUGACAAACUCAAGGAGGCAGAGACCCGUGCUGAGUUUGCUGAGAGAUCGGUAGCCAAGCUGGAAAAGACAAUUGAUGACUUGGAAGAGCGUCUCUACAGCCAACUUGAGCGAAACCGCCUGCUUUCUAAUGAGCUGAAGCUAACGCUGCAUGAUCUGUGUGACUGAUGGGCAGGGCUCACUGAUGCCCAUUAAACUGAGCUUACUGCUCACACCACUGACCUGGACCCCAACAAAAAGCUGAUUGUCUUUUUAAAAGUUAUUAUUUUCCCUGAGCACAUUGCUUUUUAAUUGGGGCAGUUAGAAUGUUCAUUUCCUAACAGUAUUGUGAAAUUGACCAUUGUGAAGUUUCUGACCCUUUAGAAGAGAUUAUGGGUGAAGAAGGGAGGGGCCUGAGAGAUUAUAGUGAGAAAAUUUGGGAGAAUAUUGUUUUCCACCCUUACUUGCUACUCUUUCAUUUGUGCACUCAGUGUAGGAUAUGUUCCUUUUCAUGGAUAUUUCUAACAAUAAAAGGACUGACUUGACAAGUUGUUGUAACUGCUUCAUCUGCAGGCCCAGAGAUGGGUCCUUCUGACUGGGUGGAAAAAAAGGGAAAGGGAAGAGAAGUUGUGGGAUAUGAAUAUGGUUCUGUGUUGCCAUCACCUCUGAGUUGAAGAUUUUACUAUUUUCCUCACCUCAUUAGAGCAGUCAGAGUGGUUUGCUUGCUAGACAAAUUAGAUUCUCCUUAGUGUUCAGCUGCUGAUUUUCUUCCUGACAUUUUCCCUUUUGCUUCCUUUUCCUGGUUUUAUGUUUAAUUUCAAGUAACUGUCACAAGCUAGUUCUGGACAGUAGCUCUAUAGCAAUCUCAAAGUUUUGCUUACAACUACUUGUUUCAGUAGUAUUGUUGGCUUUGUUUUCUUUAGAGAUUAUUUAACUUAACUGUGAGGGCCCUUUUAUUUAUCCCACCAGUUGUUAUUUUCUCCUCUACUUUUUGGAAAAAAACGUGUAGUGCAUGAGGAUCUUCCUGUGCUCUUUAUAAUUUGAGAUUCUGAUGUUUCUAUUGUUUGCAAUGUUCAAACUCCAGUGAGCCAUUUCAAGAAGGUAUUGUCAUGUGGGCAAAACCUAGAAAAGUGGAUAGCUGAUGCUUAAGGCUUGCUCUUUCAUUGACUGAAAGCUGAAAGUGUUGGUUAGGUGUGGGUGGGAGAGGAAAUGGCUGAUAAGGGACCUAACUCUCUCACCCAGGAAGUGCAGGAACACCUACAACCUCAGUAGGCAAGCCAAAGGCCCUACAAAACCAGGUGAUAAAAUAGCUCACUUCUGUGGCUGAGAAAGCAGCUGCUUUGUUAGUCCGCAGCUUUUCUGCAAUAGGAGCAGGUCUCAAAAGAGUGGGCAGACCUUGAAAUUUACUUCUCGUUUUCUGUAACUUCUCUCCUUUACCCCCAUUAGAUAAACUGAAAUGCACCAAAGAGGAGCACCUCUGUACACAAAGGAUGCUGGACCAGACUCUGCUUGACCUGAAUGAGAUGUAGAACGCCCCAGUCCCACCCUGCUGCUGCUUCUCCCUCUGACCCUGACUCCGCCUGAGGCCAGCCUGCCCGAAGCUGACCUUAACUGAGGGCUGAUCUUUAACUGGAAGGCUGCUUUCUCCUUUCGCUGCCCCCUCCUCCCCUGUGUCUUAUUCGCCAAACUGUCUCUGCCUCUUCCCUGGAGAUUCCAGCUGGGCUAGAGGCUGAGCACCUUUGGAAACAACAUUUAAGGGAAUGUGAGCACAAUGCAUAAUGUCUUUAAAAGCAUGUCGUGAUAUACACAUUUUGUAAUUACCUUUUUUGUUGUUUUGUAGCAACCAUUUGUAAAACAUUCCAAAUAAUUCCACAGCCCUGAAGCAGCAAGCUAAUCCCUUUCUCACUUUUGGAAGGUGACUUUUCAGCUUGAUGCAUAUUGCCCUCUCCAUAGAGGAGAGGAAAAGGCACUGCCUUAUUGAGAGCCAAACAGAGCCCAGGGAAGGACUCCACUAUGGGAAACCUCAUUGCUCUGUACAAAGUACCAGCUAAACCAGAAAAGUGAUUCCAGGAGGAGUUAGCCAAACAACAACGACAAAAAUGUGCUGUUCAAGUUUUCAGCUAUAAGAUCUCUUUGGACAACAUUAUUUCUAUUUUUUAUUUUUUCAUUACAAGUGACCAAAUUAAGAUGGUAAGAUCUCUGAGACCAAAUUUUUGUCCCAUCUCUACUCCCUCCCAACUGCUUACAGAAUGAAUCAUGUGCCCCUUAUGUUGAGAUGACCACUUAAUUGCUUUCCUGCCUCCUUGAGAGAAAGAAGAUUGUUUUUGCCACUGAUUUAGCCAGAUGAAACUCAUCUCAUUACCCUUCUCUGGGUUUGAAGCUGCUGUCUCUAAAAAGUGCCAUCUCAUUGUGCUUUGUAUCAGUCAGUGCUGGAGAAAUCUUGAAUAGCUUAUGUACAAAACUUUUACAAUUUUAUAUUAUUUUGAAACUUUGCUUCUUUGGAUUUGCGGCACCCUGGCCACCCCAUCUGGCUGUGACAGCCUCUGCAGUCCGUGGGCUGGCAGUUUGCUGAUCUUUUAAAGUUUCCCUACCCGGUCCCCAUUUUCUGGUAAGGUUUCUAGGAGGUCUGUUAGGUGUACAUCCUGGAGCUUAUUGGCUUAAAAUGUACUCUCCUUUUAUGUGGUCUCUUUGGGCCGAUUGGGAGAAAGAGAAAUCAAUAGUGUAACUGUUUUGAUACUGAAUAUUGACAAGUGUCUUUUUGAAAUAAAGAACCAGUCCCUCCAACUCUCA